CUCUCUCUCUCUGUGAUCUGUGAUCGUCGUUGGUCGCUCCACGCGCAGUGCCGCCGUUCCCGAAUCGUGAGCGCAGCGAAGGAAGCGAGGAAGGAAGAGAGAGGGAGGGAGAGAAAUGAGCCAGAGGAAGAGUGAGAAGCAAGAAACUCCUCCUCCAUAUCACGUUCUUCACAAGCUGCCUCCCGGUGACAGCCCUUACGUUCGAGCCAAGCACGUCCAGUUGGUGGAGAAAAAUCCGGACGCGGCAAUCGGUCUGUUUUGGAAGGCGAUAAAUGCAAGGGAUAGAGUAGAUAGUGCCCUCAAAGACAUGGCUGUUAUCAUGAAACAGCAAGACAGAGCAGAAGAAGCGAUUGAAGCAGUUAGAUCUUUUAGGCAUCUUUGCUCCAAACAAGCUCAAGAGUCCCUGGACAAUGUACUCAUCGACUUGUACAAGAAAUGCGGUAGACUGGAUGAACAGAUUGCACUAUUGAAGCAGAAACUGUGGAUGAUAUGCCAAGGAGAGGUUUUCAACAAGAAGCCCACAAAGACAGCACGUUCACAUGGAAAGAAGUUUCAGGUCACUGUCAAGCAAGAGACUUCGAGAAUACUGGGCAACCUAGGAUGGGCAUACAUGCAACAGGGCAACUUUGUGGCGACCGAAGUGGUUUACCGCAAGGCUCAGAUAAUCGAUCCCGAUGCCAACAAGGCAUGCAACUUGUCUUUGUGCCUGAUCAAGCUAGGAAGGAACAUGGAGGCACGCUCCAUUCUUUUAGAUGUAUUGCAAGGUGAACUGCCCGGAUCUGAUGACCCAAAGGCAAGAACCCGGGCUGAGGAGCUAUUGCAAGGAUUAGAGCCAUUGGAAGCUUCCUCAUUACAGCCGACAGGUUCAGCGCAGAGGGUAGAAGAUGCUUUCAUCGAAGGACUUGAUCUCUUGAUGAACCAGUGGGUGCCGCUGAGAUCGAAGAGACUUCCCAUUUUUGAAGAGAUUUCUCCAUUUAGGGAUCAGUUGGCUUGUUGAGUUUUUUUUUUUUUAAUCAAUGGCUUGUUGAGUUUUAGAUCUUGUAAAAUAUCUGCACGCAUGCGUAUACUGUCAUAUGUUGAAAAGAAAUAGGGGAAUAAAAUUAAGAAAGUUUUGAUCUUA